GCGUUUAAAUACUUUAAACAAGUGUGCAAUGAUGAAACUAGAAAUCAGCCCACAUAGGAAACGGAGUGAGGAUUCAGAUGAAGAUGAGCCUUGUGCAAUCAGUGGAAAGUGGAUGUUCCAGCGAGACAGCAAGAGGUGGUCCAGACUGGAAGAAUUUAACAUUUUCUCUCCAAAGUUUGAUAUGAAUUCCACAUCCCCAGAAGUGGCUCAUCUUAGCAGUGCAACCAGUCACGAGAGCGUGCUGAUGGAGCAGAGUGAACAUCAUGAGAUAGCUUCCAUCCACAGUAUGAGCAGCAACAACAGCCACCCAUCUACCUCCCAGAAGGAUGCAGUCACCUCCAGGACAAACUCGGUCAUUAGCAUUACCUCUUCGGGAAAGCUUGUAGAAAAUGAGGGCAGUCUGCCCACCACUAAAGAGCUAUCGAGUUUCAGUUGCGGUGUGAAAGCCAACGAGAAGAACACCAAAUCCAAAACAAGAGGCCUGCUAAAGAGGAUGGAAAGCCUGAAGAUAAAAGGCUCUCAUCAUGGGAAGAGUAAAGCUCCUUCAAAGCUUGGCCUGAUCAUCAGUGGCCCAAUUUUGCAAGAAGGCAUGGAUGAAGAGAAACUAAAGCAACUUAAUUGCGUGGAGAUCUCCACUCUCAAUGGCAAUCACAUCAAUUUCCCGAUGGUUCGCAAAAGAAGCGUUUCCAACUCCACGCAGACCAGCAGUAGCAGCAGCCAGUCCGAGACCAGCAGUGCAGUUAGCACUCCCAGCCCCAUCACGAGGACACGUAGCCUGGGUGCCUACAAUAAGCGUGUGGGAAUGUACCUAGAAGGCUUUGACCCUUUCAACCAAUCGACAUUUAACGAUGUCAUGGAACAAAACUUUAAAAACAGGGAUAGCUUUGCAGAGGAUACUAUCUUUUUCAUUCCUGAAGACCACAAACCUGGAACGUUUCCCAAAGCCCUCUCCAAUGGUAACUUUGCUCCACCAAAGAGUAGUUCGGUGAACUGGAGAACAGGAAGCUUCCAUGGACACGGACAUCUUUCUCUCCGGCGUGAGAAUAGUUCUGACAGUUCCAAAGAUAUGAGCCUAGGAAGGAGACGCAACUCCUCCAGCUCAGUGUGCAGUCGCCUCAGCAUUUAUGACAACGUGCCAGGUUCCAUAUUAUAUUCUAGCACAGGAAAUCUGGCUGAUCUGGAGAAUGAGGAUCUCUUUCCUGAACUUGACGACAUCCUGUAUCACGUCAAAGGCAUGCAAAAAAUUGUGAACCAGUGGUCAGAGAAAUUUUCUGAUGAAGGAGACUCUGAUUCAGCUUUAGACUCUAUUUCUCCAUGCCCUUCUUCUCCCAAGCAAAUCCUGCUAGAUGUGGACCAUGACAGAACCAUGCCCAGUGAUCUUGACAGCACAGGAAAUUCACUGAAUGAAACUGAGGAGGCUGUAGGAAUCCAGGAGAGAAGGGAUUCUGGGGUGGGGGCAUCACUGACGCGUUCCAACAGACACAGAAUGAGGUGGCACAGCUUCCAGAGUUCCCAUCGGCCCAGCUUAAGUUCAGUAGCCUUACAGAUUGACUGUCAGUCCGUUACACAGAUGAACUUGCUGCAGAAGUAUUCCCUCCUGAAAUUAACUGCACUCUUGGAGAAAUACACACCUUCCAACAAACAUGGAUUCAACUGGGCUGUGCCAAAGUUUAUGAAAAGGAUAAAAGUCCCAGAUUACAAAGAUCGAAAUGUGUUUGGCGUUCCCCUCAUAGUUAAUGUACAACGUGCCGGACAACCACUUCCGCAGAGUAUUCAGCAAGCUAUGAGAUACCUUCGUAACAACUGUUUGGAUCAGGUUGGCCUUUUCCGAAAAUCUGGAGUCAAGUCAAGAAUCCAGGCAUUGCGACAAAUGAACGAGAAUGCAAUAGGCAAAGUGAAUUACGAAGGGCAGUCUGCUUAUGACGUGGCCGAUAUGCUCAAACAGUAUUUCCGCAACCUGUCAGAACCUCUCAUGACCAACAAGCUUUCAGAGACUUUUUUACAAAUCUACCAGUAUGUGCCAAAAGACCAGCGCCUUCAAGCCAUCAAGGCAGCCAUUAUGCUUCUACCAGAUGAGAACAGAGAAGUCCUACAGAUUCUUCUGUAUUUUCUGAGUGAUGUCACAGCUGCCGUGAAAGAAAACCAGAUGACGCCAACAAACCUGGCGGUGUGUUUAGCGCCAUCUCUUUUCCACUUGAACACCCUUAAAAGAGAAAGUUCUUCUCCAAGGGUAAUGCAGAGGAAACAGAGUCUGGGAAAACCGGAUCAGAAAGACUUAAAUGAGAAUUUGGCUGCAACUCAAGGCUUAGGCCACAUGAUUGCUGAGUGCAAGAAGCUUUUUCAGAUCCCAGAAGAAAUGAGCAGAUGUCGGAAUUCUUAUACAGAACAAGAUCUUAGACCCCUCAGCUUUGACGACUUGGGACGAACUAACAACUCGGAGUCUGCCAGUUAUCAUUCUUAUAUCCAGGACUGUAUGGAUGAUUUUUUCAAGGAAAUAAAGGAUAAAUUUAAGGGCUGGGUCAGUUGUCCAACCCCAGAACCGGCAGAACUUGCCUAUAAAAAGGUUUGUGACGGUCCACCUCUACGGCUAUGGAAAUCCGUGGUUGAAAUCCCUGCAACUCCCGAAGAAGUAUUAAACCGUAUUGUUAAAGAACAGCAUCUUUGGGAUGAAGACCUUUUAGAUGCUAAAGUAAUUGAGACUUUGGAUAGCCAGACGGAUGUUUAUCAGUUUGUACAAAACAAUAUGGCUCCACACCCAGCAAGAGACCAUGUUAUCCUCAGGACUUGGAGAACCAAUCUCUCUAAAGGAGCAUGCGCCCUCUUAAGUUUCUCAGUGGACCACGACCGGGCGCCUGUCCUUGGUAUUAGAGUGAAUGUGCUGUUGUCCAGGUAUCUUAUUGAACCUUGUGGGACAGGAAAAUCCAAAGUCACCUAUAUGUGUCGAAUUGAUUUAAGGGGACACAAGCCUGACUGGUACACAAAAGCAUUUGGACACUUAUGUGCAGCUGAGGUUGUGAGGAUUAGAGACUCUUUCCUUAAUCAAAAUCUUGAGGCCAAGGAAGCAACGUCCAGGUGA